AGUAACUCGAAAAAAUCAAAAUCAAGUCAACCACAUCCGUUCAACCCUUCCUUCAACGACGAUGAGCGCAAAGCGCUUUCCUCAAACACGUCUGCCCGUCGCUGUAUACUCUCGUCAACAACGCUCUCUUUACACUGCACCCGUCGUCACUGGUAAUCCUCGUAAUGCUCCAACGAUCCAGUCACAAGCUCCAAGAAUACUAGCCGACGCAGGCAAAGGCAGCGAGCAGCACUCUUCUAAUGCAGCCCAUCAUGGCACCAAUAAUGCCAUCUUAGCUUUGCCAUAUCCCUACUCCAGUUCUUCGUCGCAUACGCAAACGAAUCCGCCCCCUUCGUCUCACCCAAACCCGCAUCACUUCAACAGUUCGAGUUCAGCUCAUCCAUCGACUCAAUCGAAACAGUCAAGCGUCAAGCGUCGCACUAAAAGAGGCCCCAGAUAUCAGCUCGACGUUGGUGCUUAUGGUAUACCAAAGAAAUCCUCGACACCACCGCUGCGGCACGUGUAUACCGACUCACCACUGUCAGUCAGCGUCGGAGAAGACGCUUACUUCAUCCGAGGAGAUGCUAUCGGCGUAGCUGACGGUGUCGGAGGCUGGUCGAAAUUGUGUCCACCUUGUACCUCAACCUCCACCCCUUCUGCAGCGUUUGCUAAACGCCUCAUGCAUUACUGUUCCGCAGAAAUACACGACUUCCAUGAAGCUAGAUCCUCAUCAAACCCACCACCUUCAUCAUUUAACCCUGCUCUCAAUAAUCUGCUAUCAUCUUCCCCGUUCUAUUCUCCGUUUUCGUCGCCAUUUUACUCUCCGUCUUCGUCACAAUGGUCCCCAUUCUCUCCACCACCGCCACCCCAGCCUUUUGACGAGUUCCAGGAUAUGGAACAUCAACUCUCUGAAGAAUUGGAGGAGCUAGAGGAGGGCAUCGACGUACUGGUGAUACUAGAGAGAGCUUACCAAAAGACACUGGAUGCUCAUGUUACGGACCCUCCGACAACGGCCGAAUCCUCCAGUACUCCGCUACCGCCCCGCCACCGUCCCGAAUCCCUACCAAACUCGUAUCCCCCCUCACAGCCAUGGUUUCCGUCCCUCAGAACAUCGGUUUUACCCAAAAAAGAUCCUCAGAAACAAAAUGUUCCUCUGAUGGCCGGUUCGUCGACCGUGCUCCUUGCCGUCCUCGACCACGUUCCCAAAGGACAAUUGGAGGUCAAAGUGGAAAUGCAGCCAAAAAUAGAACGAACAGAUGGUCUGCAGGCCAGAGGAUCGGAUGAGCUGCAAGCAGUUUUGAAACUUGCACACGUUGGAGACUGUAUGGGUAUGCUCGUAAGAGGAGAUGAAGUGGUAUGGAGGUCGGAAGAAAUGUGGUGGAAUUUCAAUACACCGGUCCAACUAGGCCCAUUAUCUCCGAUCACUCCAUCCUCUACGGCCACUUCCGCACGUACUUUUACUCUCCCAGUUCAGGCAGACGAUAUUUUAAUUCUUGCCUCUGAUGGUUUGAGCGAUAAUCUUUGGGAUGAGGAGGUUAUGGAUGAAGUGAAGAGGUUUAGGAAGGGUGGUUGGUUAUUGUCUACGCCAAACGACACAUCUGGUUCAGAGUUUCGUUCAGAGGAUGGACUUUUAUGGAGGCGUACACUGGCUGGAAUGCUCUCCGAGGCUUUGUGUUCGAGGGGCAAGAAAGUAUCAGCGCGGAAAAGAGCCAAGUCGAAAGGUACCGGCUCUACUUCGGCAUCUGGAACCUCGACGCCUGUAGAAGGAGAGAUCGACCGUGAAGAGAUACCCUUUGCGCGGAGAGCAAGAGAGGCAGGGAGGUCGUUUAGUGGUGGAAAGGGAGAUGAUAUAACCGUGGUUGUUGCCGUGAUAUCUCCUGCUGAUGGGGCGGCAGACAAGAAGCUCCAUUUCAGCUAACUGUCUUGUCAAAAGUUUCAAGAGUGCGUUCAUACUCAGUAAUUCAAUUUGUUACCCCCACUCCAUUCUUCAGUCGCUUUUGUCGCUUUUUUCGUCACGUCUUUGCAUUCGCCUAUCAACCUGCGAACCCUCAUCUCUCCACUCAUAUCUAUGUUGGACAAUGCAUAUGCUAUUCUAUUUACUUACAUAGAAACAUCAGUCCGUUCGAAAGUCUUCCCCCCUCAUCUAUUUAUAUAUCCAACCUUCACAUGUUGGCUUCGUUUGUGCAAUAAAUUUGCUUGUACUGCUAUGUAUACAUAUCACAGGUCGCACAUUUGGCGGAAAUAAAUCGAGUCACACCUCC